AAUCAUACAUUGAAUAUCGCAUUAAAAUGUUACGAAAAGGAAUGGCAGCUUAUGCGACGCGUGAAUAUGCACGACUGGAUUUAGACCAUCACAUUCGCUCGACCAGAGUAAAUGAUCAAAUCGCCGUGCGUGUGACAAACAACAAACCGUCGUUGGUUCAAUUUGGUGCUUGGGCGAUGAAACCCGAUCGACCGUUUGGAAUAAAAAAGCGUAAAAGAUGUCCGGGAUCGCGUAAGUUUUGUGUGAGCAUUAAGAAACUUGGACAUUCAGAAGUUGAAAUGCAAGAUGAAUGGGGAACAUCACAAACAUGCGCGAAUUGUCAGGAACGUUUUCCAAGGCACACAAAAGAUGAUCGAUUUAAAGUGUGCUACGAUUGUAGAGCGAAAAAGAUUGAUGGUCUGCCAGAUUCAGUCGCUGGACUGCCAGAUAUCAUUGUGUCAACGGUCAACAGACGUGUUUUGAGAAGAAAACGUGCAAUUAUUAAGCGACAAAUUAUCGAUGGCAAUCGUGAGGCUGUGAACGAAAAACUUCGGACUGGGCGUUUAAUGUCAAAGGUUAAAGUUACCUACAAAAAUUGGCCAUUAAAUGUUGAUGAUGAUGAUGUUGUUCCACAAACAGUUACUUGGCACCGAGAUAUUGUUGCAGCAAAAUGCAUUAUGCUCAAAGGACUUUGCCGGAUCUUUGAUGUACCAUUGCCAGUUUCAUUGUUAAGACCGCCGGACUAAAACAACAAUGUCAACUAACAAACAUCAUCAAUUAAUUAUACAUUCAAAAAAUUACAUAAAAUAAAAUAUUUUAACUAUUAUAGUUAGCUUAGCUAGACAUGAACAGACUAUAUAAAGUCUUGUGGUCUAGUUGUACAAUAGUACAACAUUGUACGGAGGGGGAGUGCCCGUAGGUGAGUAAAGUUUUUAAUUUAAAAAAAGUAUUUUAUACCCAGUUCAACUGAUACUAAUGGUUGUCUUUCCCUUUUUCCAUGUUUUCACACCUGAAUGUUCCACC